AUGACGCCUCAGGAAGCGGCCAACGACGCCCUGAACACCACCCUGAUCGAUGUGCAAUCGCUCAUGAAGCGUUGCAUGAAGUUAAAGGAAGCCGAUCCAGAGACCUUCAGGCUCUCGGAUGAAAUCGCCCGGCGAGUGGCCAAAGAUUUGAAACUGUACGCGGGGACUGCAACAUCAUUCUCUCCCCUGCUACUCUCCUGUGCCGCCAUUAUCCGGCAGUGCUCAAAGGCUGGCACCUUUGAGAGUGUCCCCGAUUGGACCUCUGUCGCAGAAGACGACCCAAGGAUCAAGACCCAUCCAAGAUUCGAGAAGACCUUGGGCUACCGCCGUCCCUCUCUAGUUGAGGUUCCUGCCGACUUGGAUCCUCAAGAUGCUGCAUCUGCAUCUGCGACCGCUGUCCCUUCAGCAGCUCCCGUUUCACCGACAUCUGCACCGCCAGCUCUUCCAGCCAGCCAAUCCCUCGACAAUCUGAUUGCUGCACCGGCAGCAGAACACAAGCUGGUAUCGCCGGCGCCAGACCCGAUGGCUGCGGGCGUACAAAGCCCUCCCCACCUCCCUGUCAAAUUCAAUCUCUUUGUGGCCGGCACCAAGAAGAAAUCCGGAAUGGUGGCCCCGCAGGUCGGUAACACCAAGAAGAGAAAGGCCGAAGAUGAGGAUACCGAUGUCGAUGAUCCCAAGUCGCACCCUCCAUCCUCAAAGCCAAGACAGAAGAGGAAGAAGAAGUUCUUGUCGGCCGACGAGGACAAAGUUUGCACCGGGACUAUUUAUGUAAAGUCCAAUGCAGCAUCAGACAAGGAUUCGGAUGCGGCUGGUCCGGAUUUAUCCGAUGCGGCGGAUGACGAGAGUUUCCUUGAGGCAGAGACAAGGCCUGCCGGAUGGGGUCAGGAUUCUCAGAUCGCAACGCCGUGGAAGCAUUCCGUCCGUUACCAUCCUCGGCAGUGCGACAAGUGCACCAAAUUGGACAUACCCUGCGUUGUCCUUCCGGACAAAAAGUUCGGAUACACUCGACUCGCAUGCGCAAACUGCGAUCACAUGAAGAUCACCUGUGCCAUCGACGGUGUCGGCGUCAGGCAGAGAAUGCAAGCGAAGGCGGCCGCGGCAACAUCAAAGCCGGCCAGAAACUCCGGAACGCGCAUGAAGACGUCCCGCGCGAUCUCCAAGACCCUGGGUAAGAGAUCACUUGCCCAACCCCCUCGGGUUGAGCUCGACGUAAUUGAAGAGAAGAAGCAACAGCCGGGUCCGCCGGUCGGUGCGCCCAUGCGCAAAGUCCCAACCGUUGGCACAAGCCGUCGGCCGGCACAGGACGAUCAGCCUGCGCCAGAAAACCGCGCCGAUCCCGAGCCAACUGCAAGAGACAUCUUGCAGAGCAUCCACGACCUCGGCAGGAGAUUGGAUCUCCUGGCCACCAAUGAGAGGGUGGACACCUUGGAGGUAAGAGUGCGUUCGGUGGAGAAUAUCCUCCACCAGCGGUUAGACGCACUGGAGCAAAGGCUCAACGCCUCAGAUGCCCGGUAG